CCUGGGCCCUGAGGGCGUCCCAUGGGGGCCCCGUCGGCCGUCCAGCCGUGAGGGGAGAAGGGGAGGGGCCGAAGGCCUGUCCUCCCUCCUCCCCCCUCCCUCAGCCUCCCCAGCCAUGAAGCUGAAGCUGAAGAAUGUCUUCCUCGCCUACUUUCUGGUGUCCCUCACGGGCCUCCUCUACGCCCUCCUGCAGCUGGGUCAGCCGUGUGACUGCUCCCCUCACCUGCGGGCCGCAGCCGAACAGCUGCGCGGCAAGGACCUGAAGAUCUCCCAGCUUCAGGGGAAACUGAGGCAGCCCCCCGCGGCCCCGGCCCCCGGCCGGCCCCUCGAAUCCGAGACCCUGCCCAUUAUCUACGUCGUGACGCCCACCUAUGCUCGACUGGUGCAGAAGGCGGAGCUGGUGCGCCUGGCGCAGACCCUGGCCCUCGUCCCGCGGCUGCACUGGAUCUUGGUGGAGGACGCGGACAGCCCCACGCCGCUGGUGUCGGGCCUGCUGGCCGCCUCGGGCCUGCGCUUCACGCACCUGGCCGUGCCCACGCCCCGCGCCCAGCGGCUACGGGAAGGGGAGCCCGGCUGGGCCCGGCCCCGGGGGGUGGAGCAGCGGAACAGGGCUCUGGCCUGGCUACGGGGCCGGAGCGGGGGCCGCCAGCCCGACACCGACGACGCCGACCAGCUCCCCCCGUCCCCGGACACCAGGGCCGUCGUCUAUUUCGCGGACGACGACAACACCUACAGCCGGGAGCUCUUCGAGGAGAUGCGUUGGACCCGGGGGGUCUCGGUGUGGCCCGUGGGGCUGGUGGGAGGCCUCCGGUUCGAGGGGCCCAAGGUGCAGGGGGGCCGGGUGGUGGGUUUCCACACGGCCUGGGAGCCCGCCCGGCCCUUCCCGCUGGACAUGGCCGGCUUCGCCGUGGCCCUGCCCCUGCUGCUGGCUCACCCCGCCGCCCACUUCGACCCCGCGGCCCCCCGGGGCCACCUGGAGAGCAGCCUCCUCAGCCAGCUGGUCCAGCCCAAGGACUUGGAGCCCCAAGCCGCCAACUGCACGCGGGUUCUGGUGUGGCACACGCGCACGGAGAAGCCCAAGAUGAAGCAAGAGGAGCAGCUGGCGCGGCAGGGCCGCGGCUCGGACCCCGCCGUCGAGGUGUGACCCCGGCAAGGACCCCCGCGAGCACGACCCCGCCGGGACACGGGGACGGCCCGGAGCUGGGGGUCGGCCCCGGGAAACCGAGGACCAAGUGGAGGCCGCCCCCCUCUCUCCCUCCUCCUCCUCCUCCUCGCCCCACGAUCCUCGCGUGGGAAACCGUGGAUGGCGCCCGGCCUGCCGGGUGCCUCAGUUUCCCAUCAGUCGGGGUUCAGCCCCGGUCCCUCGCGGAGCGGAGGUGGGAAUGGGAAGCAAGGCGGUCAAGUUGAGCCGGGGGUGCCUUUCUGCCAACCCGGGCACGUCGGAGGAGGGAGGUGCCCUGGUUUUCGCGCCCCCUUUUCCCCCCCGAAAAAAGCAGGGGACUAGGCCGGUUUAAGAGCUCAAAGGUGCCCUGAUGGGAGGUUGGAGGGCGUUGACUACAGUCUGCUGCUGCUGCUGCUGAACUUUAAGGGGCUAGAGGGAGGCCUGUGGCUCCUUCCCCCCGCCAAGCGAGCGUGUUUACCUCCGCCGGCCUCCCCAAUAAACGCGAUUUCUCAACUAGA